AUGUUCAGUGCUGUCGCUCGCAGAGCCGUGGCUCAAUCCACGCAAUGUGCGGCCCGCCGUUCGUUGACCACCUCAAUGCGUUCGUUUCAACAAGUCAACACUAGCCCAGGUUCUCCGGUUACUUCGCAACCAGUGAAAGCAAAUGCCACCACGGACCCUGUGCUGCCUGAGGUGAAGGAUGAAGUCAGAAGAAUCAACGAGACUCCUGAGGAGCCUACUCCCAAGAAGAAGAAGUUCUCUUUCACGGGGUUCUUGUUCAAGACGCUCUUCUUUACCUCCGUGGUUUACGGUGCUACUUUGUACGUUGCAACUAAGAACGACAAGGUUAUGGACUUUGUUUUGGACAACAACUUGCCUUAUUCCGAGGAAUUGAUGGAUUUGAUUGAGACUGGCUCUGUCCAGCAAUUGCAAAAGUCGUUGGGUCGUCUUCCACAAAACAUCAAGCUUCCAUCCAAGGACCAGAUUGACGAGUUGGCCCACAAAAUCGAAAAGGGUGGUGAGACCUUGAUCAAGGAGACCAAAAGUAAAUUUGGCCAGAGCUCCAAGUACACCACUCCUGAGGAGCAAUUGCAAAAGCCUGUUGAAGUUGAAUCCGUGGGUAAUGUGAUUGAAAAGUUGCCCAUGAUCACAUUGAAGGACGGCCUCUCUGACUACGCUGAUGAGACUGUCAAGGGCACCAUUGCAUCCUUCAAUGACUUGAUUGCAUUGGUGGAUGCUUCCAACAUUGGCUCCAAGAAAGAUGGCCUCAUCAAAAACAUUAACGAGAACGUCCACGCCUUGACCUCGAAGCUCGUUAAGUUGAGCAAUUCUUUGGAGGAAGAACUUCAGAAGAAGUUGAAGUCCACGCAGACUGAGCUCCUUUCCGCAUACACUCAGAAAGAAUUGGAGUUGACACAAAACUUGUUGGACCAGUUCAACCACGAAAAGACCAACUUGGAGAAGAAGUAUCAAGCGAGAGUAACUGAGGAGGUUGAGGCCGCCAAGAAGGCUAUCACUCAGGCUGCUGUGAAUGCCACCACGAUGGUUAGAGUCGAACAAACAAAGAAGUUUGAGAGCAUGAUUAAACAAAGGAUUGACGAUGAAAGAGAGGGCAGAUUGAAGAACUUAAAUGCAUUGAACAACAGAGUGGAGGACCUUGAAAAGUAUGCCCAAGCUUUAGAGGAGCAAGCCGUUGCUGCCAACAACAGAGGUGUCAUCCAGCUGUCGAUCACCAAAUUGAAGUCUUUGAUCUUCGCUACCGAAGCCAACACCCCUGCUAAGUUUUUGACUCCAUACAUCACUAGAAUUGGUGAUGCUACUACUAAGAGCAACGACGAAGUGUUCAGUCUAGCCUUGAAUGAGUUGAAGCCUUUGCUCGAAAACGAGUCCAACCAGUCCAUCUUGUCUAUUCCACAAUUGUUGACCGCUUGGGAACAGCUUACCCCAGAGUUGAGAUCGGCAUCUUUAUUGCCUCCUAAUGCUGGUUUGUUGGGACACGUUGCCUCCGUCAUCUUCUCGAAGUUCUUGUUGCCCGUGAAGGGAAACAAGCCUGACGGCAAGGACAUUGAAUCCGUCAUUGCAAGAGUGAAUCUGAGCUUGGUUAGAGGCCAGUUAGAUGUUGCAGUGGAGGAAGUCGCUAACUUGAAGGGUUGGAGUAGACAGUUGGCUGACGACUGGGUCAAGGAAGCUAGAGUGAGAUUGGAAGCUGAAUUUUUGGUCGGCUUGAUAGACGUCGAAUCCAAGAUUAUGUAA